AUGGAUGUCUUUAAUGCAUACACAUACUCUACAGCAGGAUGGCUUUCCCUGCAGAGCUUGUUCUUGAUCACUGGCCCGAGCAUGCUAGUCUCCAUGCUACUGGAUGAGUCUCGGCCUGCUUCCUCUAUCGAGGUCUAUCUAGCCCGCUGCCUAGGCUUCAGUCUUCUGACACUUGCCGUCUUAACCGCAAUGCUCACGGGCUCAAUCCCUCUUACAAACACAAUCUCAGGGCCCGUGACAACCGAGGACUCGGAUUCCAAAGCUCCAUACGCUUUGCCGACUUUGAUGGUGACCUCGGCGUUCCACGCCACCACCGGCUUCUAUGCUUACACCUGGUACGUCUCCAAAGGCCAAGGGUCGUUCCUUGUGGCGGUCUUCGUGCAUUCGAUUCUUGCCUUUGCUGGCCUGUGGUGUGUGCUCUUUGCGAGCAGUGAUGGUAAGAUCAGUCGUCGGACUGGUGCUGAUAAGAGGACCGCUGGAUUCCCAUUUGCCAAUUCAGAGGCGGCUAAGAAGCAUACCGGGAAGAAGGGUCUUUGA